AUGGACGUGGACGCCGAGACGCUGGCGACGGCCAGUUGGUUUGUCGAGGACGCCUUCAGCGGCAUCGCGCGGCCGCAUCCCGUCAAUGGCGCCGUUGCGCGCCGCCUGUAUACUCUCUACGCCGAGCUGCACUACGUGCGCGGCCUCGCGCUGCUCGUCCUCGUCAGCAUCUCGUUUGCUGAAGUGCCAUCGUGGUGCGGCGCCUCUUGCGGCGACCCCGACGACGAUGCGACGCCCGUGACCUUUGGCCUCUUCACGCUGCCUCGCGCGCAAAGCGUCCUGCUCGAGGCGGCAUGCCUCGUCGUGCUGCUCGCCAACGCGGGUCUGCGGUACUCAUACCUGCGCGAAAGCUUCUUCGCCACCCGCCGUGACAGCGUGGCGGUGCUGCUCUUGUUGCUUGUGGCGGCGACGACACUUGUCGCGAGCGAAGCAUUCCCGACGCUUCGGCCGAUGCAAGUGUAUCUGCGCGGUGCGAUUGCCGCCACCAAGAACCGCAGUCUUCGCCGCACGGCGCGCAAGAUCUACGCCGUUUUGUGCGAGAUCCAGCACGCGCUCCUUCUUAUUUUCGUGUUCGUACUCUUUUGCAGCUGGAUCGCGACCGUGCUCUUUCACAACACGACCGAAGGGACCAUGUACCUCGUCAACAUCUACGAAGCGAGCUGGAACCUCUUUGUCUUGCUCACGACAGCCAACUUUCCCGAUGUCUUCAUGCCCGCGUACACGGCGCAGCGCGUCACCGUCCUCUUCUUCCUCGCGUCGUUCAAGAUCAAGCGCCAGCGCGUCCAAACCGCCAAGCUGCAGGUCGCCUUCCAACUGCUCUGCCAUGUGCACGGGCGGGCAACCUACUCGAGCACGGAGCUCUCGACCCACGACUGGCCGCCGCCGAUCGGAGCGGCGAUUCCCAAAGCCACGUGCCUCCGCCUCUUCGAGACGCUCAACCAUUACAAGAACAUUCCGUACAUCAAACAAGACAAGAUGCACGUGCUCUUUGCGACCCUCGAUGUCGCACGAGACGAGCAGCUGAGCUGGCCCGAGUUUGCAAGGCUCUGCAGUGUCUUCCACGCGGCGCUGGCGACGCGCACCUUGCCUUUGCCCGAACUCCAACGCUACUGUCCGCGCCUCUACAACAGCGCGUCGUUCCAAAAGCUCGCGCGCAUGGUGUGCGACGCGCGUCUGGACACGAUCAUCGACACGCUGCUCGUCAUCAACGCGGUGGCGAUCGUCCUCGAGUCCUUCCCCGUGCUGAACGGCACCGCCGCCGUGCCAAUUGAAACGGAAUUUAGCGUCUGGGCACGCCUCGAAGGCGUUUUCUCGAUGAUCUACGUGGUCGAAAUGAUCCUCAAAUUGCUCGUCUAUGGCCGUGCCACGUACUGGGCGUCUCUCAAGCACCGGUUCGACGCUAUCCUUACCAUUGCCAUCGCGGCCGUCGACAUCUACGCGCUCUCGUCCUCCCAUGCGGCAUCCCGCGCCCUCGUCCAGAUCCUCUUGGUCGCGCGCUGCCUUCGUUUGUGCCGCCUCAUCCUCAACGUCCAGCGCUUUCGCGUGGUGUGCCUCACGUGGCUACGACUGCUGCCGUUGUGCAAGCAUUUGAUGCUCUUCUUGGCCUCUGUCAUGUACUUUUUUGCGGCCGUUGGGAUGCACCUCUUUGGCGGGCGCAUCUCGGUCCAGGCCCUCCAAGCCCAGUGCCCCACGAGUCCGUUUACGACAAGCAAGUACUUUGCCAACAACUUCAACGACAUGGCGAGCGGUGUUGUGCUGCUCUUUGAGUUGCUCGUCGUCAACAACUGGUCGUCGCUCGCCGAUGGCUUUGUGUGCGUCACAUCCAAGUACGCGCGCUGGUACUUCGUCGCCUACUACGUCGCGAGCGUCAUGGUGCUUUUAAACCUCGUGAUUGCCACAACGCUGGACGCGUUUGCGGGCGAGUACGACGCCGAGCACAAGGCCGACGCAUCGCUACCUGAGGCGAGCGGCGUGCAAGAGUCGGUGUAA